UUACAUCCACAGUUCCGUGCUAAGGCGGUUUGUCGUCUGACAUGCAAGAGUUGUCGUACAGAUGUGUGUAUGCGUGGCAUGAAGGCCAUUUUGCUUGCUGAUUCAAGGAUUGAACUAUAUUCGACAGAUCGCCCACCCAAAGGAGUUCAGCUGGUGUAUGAUGACUACAGGACACGGAACUGCAAGUGUCGGAUUCGUGACAUAGCCUGUCUAGGUUGUGGCAAUACUUUAGGCUAUCAUGUUACUCAACCCUGCGAAUCCUGUCUUGAGGCUUGCAACAAUGGUCAUUUCUGGAUGUUCCACUCUGAUGCUGUCACCUGUACGGAGCGA